UUGAGGAAGUGUUUGGCAGUAUUUCUUUGGCUGAUGGUGUGUUCCUGGUUGGUGGAAUUGUUCCUGUCUCUCACUGGGAGCUGAUGGAGCCCUGGAAGGAGUUGGCGAUGUGUUCCUGACACCGUGCCUAUCUGGUGACCGCGCUGUCGGUGAACGAUGGAGCUGUCAGGGCGUGCUGGCAGCACCCGGAGACGGUCCGUCCUAAAGAGUGACUCUCAGCUCAGUUACAAACUACAGCAGUUCAUGCAGAGCCCAUUGGUCAGCUGGGUGAGGACAUUUGAAGCUUCCCUCGAUGGUGACGAUGGACAGUACAUGGAGGUGAAAGCGCUGGGCCGGACGGACUGCCAGGCCGACUACCUCAAGCUGGUCGAUGGUGUCUUCCUCAACAGAGUCAUGAGGCAGAUAGACACAAACCCCCAGACUCAACGUAUCUACCACAACGCUGGCAACGAUGAGGUGGUCCGGGUGCAGAACCUCACCAUCCUGGUCCAACAAAUCAAAUCCUUCUACCAGGAGGACCUACAGCAGCUCAUCCUGAUGGACCUCCCCAAUGUACAGCUACUGGGCCGGGACCCCCUGAGCGACGCUGCGCUGCAGGAGCUGGAGAAAAUGCUGCUAUUACUCCUCGGCUGUGCAGUUCAGUGUGAGGAUAAGGAAGAGUUCAUCGGACGCAUCCAGACGCUGGACUUGGACGUACAGACGUCAGUGGCCAGACACAUCCAGGAGAUUACCCAGAACCGAGAGAACCUGGUGUCAGUUCAGUGCGGGGACCUAGCGUCCAGCUCAGUGGAGGAGCUGCACCUCCUGUUCGGGAACAUGGUGCAGCAUCUCAAGGAGCUGGUCAAUCAGAGGGACGAGAACAUGGAGAGAAUAGCCGAACUGAUCCAGGAGAGGGAGCUUUGCCAGUUACACCACGGAUCAGGAGCAGGGAAUUGUGAGGGAGGGACUGGCCACAGGUCCGGGGAAAGCCGUGAACAUCUCACAGUCCAGCUCGUCGACUCAAAAUCUAAACUGCGGCGCCUACGGCAGGAACUGCAGGAGAAGAGCGAGGAGCUGGAAGACUGUAACCAGGAGCUGGAGGAAUUACAAUCGGCCUGGAAACAGCUCCAGAAACAGAACCGGGAGCUGAUGUUAGAAGCCCGAGCGGCCAGGACCUAUCGGGAUGAGGUGGACAUCCUCCGCGAAAAGGCCACUCGAGUGGACAGGCUCCAGAGUGAGGUCAAGGCCUACAAGGAACGCCUCAACAGCAUCGAGUUCUACCGGGGCAAGGUGGAGGAGGAGCGAGAGUACAGUCGGGCCCUGCUGGAGACGAAGACUAUCCUGGAGGAACAGCUGGAGGCAGCCCGCGCGCGCUGCGACCGUCUCCACCAGCUGGAGAAGGAGGGACUGCUGCUCCGAACAGCCCUCAACGACCUCGAGAUGGAACGGGAAGCAGAUCAGAAGCGAAUCGAAGAGCUGAUGGAGGAGAACCUGACCCUGGAGAUACAGGCGAGCAAGACACAGGAGGAGGACUCAAGGCAGCAGCGAUGGAGGACAGAGUCAUUAUCAGAGGGGUUUCCGCACUCCGAAUUUACCCUGAGACCCCUCAGCGAUGAGGUGAAUGAGGUGACAUCGGCUCAGCUGAUGAGGCUGGAACGGGAGAAUCAGGAAUUAAGGAAGAAGGCCGAGGAAUUCCGGAAUGCUCACAUUGAGGCAGACAGCAGUCAGAGCGUGAAAAUGGUCAGCCUGGAGAGAGAAAACCAACAGCUGCAGAAAAUGAUGGAAAGGCUACAAGCUGAAGUUGCCGAGGAGAAGGAGAACACUCGGAAUAUCGAGGGAAUGAGCAACGAUCUCAUGAUGGAGAAGGACAGGAUGGAGAGAACAAUGCAGAUUCUGAGGGAGAACAGUGAAAGAGAGGUGGAGGAGCUGCGGCUGGAGCGGGAUCAGCUGAGGCAAACAGUGGAGGCCUUGAGGCAAAGGUCGCAGGUCAGCUCCGAGGCCAGGGUCAAGGACAUCGAGAAGGAGAACGCCAUCCUGCACCAGGCCAUGGCGGAGGCUGGGCUGAGGCAGAGCACCCUGGCUUCCGAGAGGAACCAGGCCCUGCUCGAGCUGGAGCAGAGCCGGGCCCUGGCUGAGAAGGCUGAGGCUCUGUCCCAGGAGCUAGGCCGCAUUCGCCUGCUGAACGAGGAGCUCCGAGAGCGGGCUACGGAGCUGGAAAGCAGCCUGGGGAGGCUCCCGGCACUGGAGGAGAAGGCUUCGGGCCUGCAGGCUGAGAACGGGAGGCUCCGCCAGAGCCUGGAGGCAGUCACCGAGAGGCUCGAGGCCUCAGAGCGGGAGAGGGCCCGUUGCGAGGAGGAGAGCCUGAGGCUUAGGGAGGCGGAUGGGGCGGCGCUGGAGCAGGCCGAGACGGAGAACCGGGAGCUGGGGAGGGAGAGGGACCGGCUGCGCAGGGAAGCGGCCCGGCUGGAGGGGGAUCUAGCCAGGGGCCAGGAGCAGGCUUUGGCCUACCGCGCCGCCCAGUCGGAGCUCCAGCAGCUCCGCCGGAGCCUGGAGGGCACCAGGGGGCGCCUCUCGGAGCUGGAGCAGGAGGCCGAGGAGUCAGAGGGGGAGGCCCAGAGGCGGCAGCGGGAGCUGGAGGAGCAGCGGGCGGCGUGUGGCCUGCUGGAGCAGGCCCGGCAGGCCCUGGAGCAGGAGUUGGAGCAGACCGAGGGGGAGAGGAGGCAGCUGGCCAAGGAGAACCGGCGCCUCAGGCAGCACGCGCAGAGCCGCGACACCUCCCUGGAGGAGCAGAGCCAGCGAGCGGCCGGGCUGGAGCUCGAGAACCGACGCCUGCUGCAGGAGAUCAGCCGGGCCCAGGAGGACCGCGACAGCCUGGCGGAGGCGCUGGCAGGGAACUCCCAGCUCCAGCAGCAGCUCGCCGCCAGCAAGGGAGAAGCCUCCGGCCUUCGCGAGGACCUGAUGAAUGAGAAACUGAGGGCCCAGGGGCUCAGUAACCAACUGGACAGUCUGAGUCACAAACUGGAGAGGAUGGGCAUCGAACAGGGCCAAGUGCUGCCUGCAGGCGAGGAGAGUAGUUUUCGGUUGUUGGAGGAGAGGUUGGACUCCGUUUUUAAGGACACUCUGACGAUCCGGGAGACUCACAUCGCCAACCUGAGGAGCCAACUGGAGGAUGCUGGGAGGCGGAACCAGGAGCUCAGUGACCAGCUACAGGAGUUACAGCGGGAGCUGGAAAAGCCAGCGCAGAGGGACGAGUCACUGGGCAGGACAGUUGCCAUGACGAUGGAGGGUGAGGCGCCGUCUGAGGCCAAGUCAGAACGCCGGGAAUUUCUGAGGGAAGUGAGCAGCGACCGUCUGAUCGAGGUGGAGAGGAAGAACGCCACGCUGCUGGCGGAGAAGGAGGCGCUGACGGUGGCCCUGGGCCAGCAGGAAUCGGUGAAUGGCAGUCUCCAGGCACAGAUCGUGGUCCUGCAGAAACACACCGUGUCCCUCCAGGAGCAGAACGGGCGGCUGCAG